AUGACCAAGGCCGCCGCCAGGAGGAUCCGCGACAACGAUGGACCACCGGUGACGAAGAAGAAAAAGAAGAAGAAGACAAGCCUGGCACGAGUCGACAAGAUGACCAAGGCCGGCAGGAGGAUCCGUGACCACGACGGACCACCGGAGACGAAGAAGAAAAAGAAGAAGAAGAGAAGCCUGGCACGAGUCGACAAGAUGACCAAGGCCGGCAGGAGGAUCGGCAACAGUGAUGGACAAGCAGAUGAGAUUACCUUCGCGAUCUUCGAGCCUGACACAACCCAAUCCGAAGCAAAAUUAGGUCGUGUGUGCGAUGUGGUCGAGUCCGCGACGGAGGAAUCCUCCGAUCCACCCAGCUCACCGGUCUACGAACCCUACAUUCCAGACGAGCUAGCUGCAGAUCGGGUCGCACGCUCCGCCUUCAAACACGCCAAAGCCAAAUACAAAGCAGAACAAGCUCGUCUAGCUGACCUGUUCACAAUGGAUCGCUGGCACGAUCCAUCUUCGUGCCUGUUCAAUGACCGUGGCCUCCUUUCCAUCCGUGAACUCACAAGAGAUGCAAUACUUCUUGCUGCUAAAUCUAUCAUUUUGCUCUCAUCCUUUCUCGGGAAUCAACAGCUCAAUAAAUGUUGUGGCUUGUGGUUUCAAAGGGAUGACCAGAGAAAAACCGCCCUUGUUUUGACAUCUGCUCAUCUCAUUCGCAAAAAUGAUCUAAACCAGUGGAAGCGGCAGUGGACAGGUGAAUAUCAUCAUAACGCUAAGGUCAUUGUUCAUUUGCUGGACAACACAACUACACUAGGCCACCUCAUCUAUCUUCAAGAGCAUUAUGAAAUUGCUAUUUAUGAGGUUCAAGUGGACAAACCAGUUCAUCUACCCACCUUUAAUGACCGUGUGCAUUCUGGUCAAGAUGUUUUCCGCCUUGGAAGAGAUGCAGAUCUUGAUAUAAAGAUAACACAUGGUAAUUUGGCCUAUAACAGUCCAUCCGGGUAUGAAAGAUGCCACUACAUGUAUUUUCUUCGUGAUGCAUCUAGUCUCAAACUGUUACAUGAUGAUGGAGGGCCCAUCAUUGAUUUAGAAGGGAAGGUUGUGGGUCUAGUUAACAACCAAAUUAAUGAGACGUUUGUACCUUCGUCGAUAUUGCAUAAGUGCUUGGAUUUUUGGAGGAGGUUCAAUUGUAUGCCUCGCCUCCACCUUGGAAUGACAUUUAGUCCAAUCAAGUUUUUAAAUCCUAUUUGUAUUGAGAGGAUGACUCGUAAGCAUAACAUCGACUCUGGCCUUAUUGUUGAGCAGAUAUCAAAAGAAUCACAUGCUGAGAAAAUUGGAAUUCGCAAGGGUGAUGUCAUUGAAAGUUUUAACGGAAAGCACAUUUCUACUACAAUUGAGUUGGAAAGCAUGUUGAUAGACAUAUGCUGGGAUCAUUUUGAUCAAGGAAAGAAAUUGAAUACUGAAAAAGAUGUUUCGGUGAAAAUAUUUGAUGCUACCAAACUUUGUCCGAGAACAAGAAACUUGACUGUAAUUGUAUCGGACUGUGGAGAGGACAUUGUAAAAGGUGCUUACCCUAUCAUGGGUGAAGAAGCCCUGUCAGUCUUAUGA